GGGCGCCUGCAGCCUCAGGUUUUAGGGAGAGGAGUGGGUGGUAGCCUGCUGCUACGUGGAUUGGAGUGCAGGGCAUCUGAUACCUGCAAAAUGGCUUCUCACCUAGGAGAUACCUCAAGUUUGGAACCCCCCACUGCACCCCUUCUGGAAACUCAAGCACCAUCGGUAACAUCAUGCCUUCUUAGGAGGAAAGCUAACAGAAAGGGGGGGCUGCCGGAGGCCAAGCGGAAAGGACGAGCCAAGCGGUUGAACAAAGAUACGGAGGAUCUAGUCUCGGGCAUGCAGCAGUUGGAUCUUGUGGCAGAAUGCAAGGUAUCAGUUGGGACAGGCCUGGUUUGGGAUGAGCGGAUGACGGAAUUCCACUGCCUAUGGGAUGAGAGUUUCCCUGAGUGCCCAGAACGCUUGAUGGCCAUACGGGAGAAAUUGCUGCAGAGCAAUCUGCUGGAGCGUUGCAUCGCAGUGACGGCUCGAGAAAUCUCGGAGGACGAGAUCCUUUUGGCUCACAGUCAGGAGUAUCUGGCACUAAUGAAAUCCACUGAAACAAUGAGCGAAGCUGAGCUGAGGUCUCUGUCGGAUGCGUAUGAUUCUGUCUACCUUCACCCUAACUCCUACCGCUGUGCCUGCCUCGCUGCUGGCUCUGUCCUGCAACUUGUUGAGAAAGUGCUGGCUGGGGAGCUCCGUAAUGGGCUGGCGUUGGUCAGGCCGCCUGGACACCAUGCACAGCGCAACAAGAUGGAUGGCUACUGUAUGUUCAACAACGUGGGCAUUGCCGCUCAAUACGCCCGGCAGAAGUUGGGGGUGGAGCGGGUGCUUAUUGUUGACUGGGAUGUGCACCACGGACAAGGCACCCAGUACCUCUUUGAGGACAGUCCCAGUGUCCUUUAUUUCUCUGUCCAUCGCUAUGAAGAAGGCAGCUUCUGGCCCCACCUUCCAGAAUCCAACAGUCAUGCUGUGGGCAGAGGCCGGGGAGAGGGGCACAACAUCAAUGUGCCCUGGAACCAGAUAGGAAUGCGAGAUGCUGACUACCUCGCCGCCUUUUUGCAUAUCCUCCUGCCCGUCGCCUUUGAGUUCCAGCCCCAGUUGGUCCUGGUUGCUGCUGGUUUUGACUCAGUAAUCGGUGAUCCCAAGGGGGAGAUGGCUGCUUCCCCAGGCUGCUUUGCUCACCUGACACAUCUGCUGAUGCCGCUGGCUGGAGGCAAGCUGAUUCUGUCCCUGGAGGGCGGGUACAAUCUUCAGUCCUUGGCAGAGGGGACCUGUGCUGCCCUGAAGUCUCUUCUCGGAGAUCCCUGCCCCCUGUUGGAACCUCCCCAUGCCCCGUGUAGCAGUGGCCUCCGCUCGGUGUCUCAGGCUCUUGCAGCUCACUGCAAAUACUGGAAGAAUCUCCGGAGGAUCAGUGCUGAUUUGCCUCAGGAGGGUGAAGGAGAUGCUGGUGUUGCGUUGUCUACAGCCAGCCCUCUUCCAGUGAUGGAAAUCCUACCCAAGCCAGUAACUGAACCAAUGAGACCUCUGCCCCCUGCCCGCACUGGACUGGUCUAUGAUGAGAAGAUGACGGAGCAUUACAAUAUGUGGGACAGCCAGCAUCCAGAGCUGCCCCAGCGGGUCUCCAAGAUCUUCCAGCGCCACGGCGAGUUACGUCUGACCGAGCGCUGCUGCCGCCUCCCAGCCAGACUUGCCUCUGAAGAGGAGUUGCAGAUGUGUCACAGCCCGGCAUACGUAGAGGCAGUGAAGUCAACAGCCACCAUGAAACCCCGUGACCUGCACCGCCAAGGCAGCCAGUACAAUUCCAUCUACAUCUGUGCCAGCUCCUACGAGUGUGCCCGACUGGCAGCGGGUUCUGCAUUCAGUGCAGUAGAAGCAGUGCUUUCUGGGAAGGUCCAAAACGCCGUGGCCAUUGUCCGACCGCCUGGGCACCAUGCUGAAUCAGACGCAGCCUGCGGCUUCUGCUUCUUCAACUCAGUGGCCUUGGCAGCCCGAUACGCACAGCGCCUGGCUGGGCGAACCCUGAGGGUGAUGAUACUGGACUGGGAUGUUCACCACGGCAAUGGGACUCAACACAUGUUUGAAGAUGAUCCUAGCGUCCUGUAUGUUUCUCUCCAUCGCUAUGACAACGGAACCUUUUUCCCCACCUCUGAGGAUGCGGACUACGACCGGGUGGGCCGUGGGCCUGGCGAGGGCUUCACCGUUAAUGUGCCUUGGAACUGUCCCCGCAUGGGAGACUCCGAAUACCUGGCUGCCUUUCACCAGAUUGUCAUGCCUAUCAGUUACGAGUUCAAUCCAGAGCUGGUCCUGGUCUCUGCUGGCUUUGACGCUGCUCGAGGAGACCCGCUGGGCGGAUGCCUUGUGACCCCGGAAUGCUAUGCGCACAUGACUCACCUUCUCCUGGGGCUGGCAGGCGGCAAGGUGGCUCUGGUGCUGGAGGGUGGCUACAACCUCGAGUCAAUCUCUGAGUCCAUGACCAUGUGCACACGGAGCCUUCUGGGGGAUCCACCGCCUGCGCUGGGGAGACUCAAGGCCCCCCAUCCCAGCGCCUUGCAGUCUUUGGCCCGUGUGGCUGUUGUGCACCGCAAGUAUUGGGCAAGCCUCCGCCUAGAAGUGCCUGUUCUUGUGCAGGAGAGGCCCCGGACUCGGGCUGGGAAGGGAACCCCCAUUCCAGGAGACAUCCCUACGGGCAGCACCUCUGAGCAGCUUGCAAGCCCAGUGGCUCAACACAUAGAGGCAGUGGAUGAUGCAGUCAUAGCUUUAAGCUCCCUCCAACUGGAAGAGAACCCCGCAGAAAUGGGCGAGACAGCUUCCAGUUCCCAGUCUCCUGACUCCAGCCCAGAAGACAGGACAAGACAGAAGGACAGGGGCUCUCCUGAAGGGGCGGAGCCAGUAGAGGAUAGCCAGUCAGGAAGCACGACAACAGAGUCUCCUGAAGGGGUGGAGCCAGCAGAGGAUAGCCAGUCAGGAAGCACGACAACAGAGUCUCCUGAAGGGGCGGAGCCAGCAGAGGAUAGCCAGACAGAAAGCACAUCAAUAGGCUCUCCUGAAGGGGUGGAGCCAACAGGAGAAAGCCAGAGAAUAAUAGGAAGUAACUCUGGCAAUGUGGAGAAAUUUGCCAAAGAUACAAAGAUCGAGGUAAUUCUGCUCGAUGAAGCCGCGGGGGGCUGUUCUUCCUCCUGUGAAUUGCUUGGAGAAGAUUUGGCAGAUAAAGGACUGUUCUAUGCUGUGACUCCCCUUCCAUGGUGCCCCCACCUCGACUUGGUGCUCCCUGUGCCUUCCACCGGCCUGAACGUGCUGGAGCCCUGCAUGGCUUGCGGCAGCCAGGCUGAAAACUGGGUCUGUCUGAUUUGUUACAAGGUUUGCUGUGGCCGCUACAUUAAUCGGCACAUGGUAGCCCACAACUCAGAAUCGGGGCAUCCCCUGGUGCUUAGCUUUGAAGACCUCUCUGUCUGGUGCUAUGGAUGCCAAGCCUACGUCCACCACCCCACUCUCUUUGAUGCCAAGAGCCAAGCUCACAAGGAGAAGUUUGGCACAGGCCUGACUGUAGCUUUCUGAUGCACAAUUCCUUUGUCGGGAGGACCCGAAGACAACUGCAGCACAAUCGACCAUCCUGUCAUUUGACCUCGAUAAACUGGCCCAGAUGCUUCAAGGGCUCUCUCAGUGCCAAAACGUCGACGACCACCAGCAGCCGUGAAUCGCCAGCAGCCCUCGCUGCUUCCAGCGGACGCAGGAUUGUCGUCUGUCCAUCUUACGUCCCAGUUCACAAGUGAUGCAUUCCAAAACCAGGCAAUACCAAACUGGCUGCAGCGGAGAACACUUCCAGCCAGUGGCUGCUUCUCCCAGCGCCAAAGUAGCACCGGUGCAAUCUUCCUGGAAGAGCUGAACGUGUGAUUCUGCUUGCCCUUCCUGUGUCUGACGGCAGCCCUUUCUUUUCCCCACCCCAUGGCUGUGUAUUUCACUCAGUCACUCCCUCCUGAUAGCACGGUAGCUGUGAGCUCAGCUGGGUACCUUCCCCCAUUAAUACAUCCGAAAAGAAUUGCAACGAAUGGGGGGAGCCUAACUUGUGCAAGUGGAUUUCUUCCCUACAUGGCAAAUGAGCUGGCUGCAAGAGGUUUGGAUCUAGGCGGCUUGGCAUAUAAUCUUCUGCAGGAGAAGAGGGUCCUCCUAAGUCGGAGGCUAUGACUGCCAAAUAUAUAUAGUUGGUGGCAGUUUUUUCUGUUUGUGUGAAGGUCCUGUGCUGUGUGUGUGUGUGUUCCCGCGUGCAGCCGGAAAUGUGCACGUUUCUGGAAAGAAUGAGAUCUGCAAGAGCGGCUUCUCCUCCGGCCUGACAAAUCAUAGUUCUGAGGCUAAACACUCGCAUGUCCCCUGCCGAUUGAUAGGGAAUCCAAACCACACAGGGAGCCACGAUGGGGGCGAGGAAUGGUUCCAAGCCCAGUAUGGCACCAGACAGGCAGUAGCACUGACAGGUGUAAAAUAACCCCCCCCC